AUGGAGGAUGUGUCUGGAUGCACUGAGUGUACACCCGGGACAGGCUGGCCUUCGGCGUCCUGGCCGCUCCGCAGGCUGCAGGCGGCGUGGGGCUGUCUAGAGAGAGAUGAGCCUGCUCAGAGCCUGCAGGCUGAUGCUGUCACUUGCCAAGGAACGACUUUGUGGACCCAGAUGUUUCUUCUGCCGCAGGACUGCGAAGGCCUCAUCGUUCGCUCGGCCACCAAGGUGACUGCGGAUGUCAUCAAUGCCGCCGAGAAGCUCCAGGUGGUGGGCAGGGCUGGCACGGGCGUGGACAACGUGGAUCUGGAGGCCGCCACACGGAAGGGCAUCCUGGUCAUGAACACCCCCAAUGGGAACAGCCUCAGUGCUGCGGAGCUCACCUGUGGGAUGAUCAUGUGCCUGGCCAGGCGGAUCCCCCAGGCGACGGCUUCGAUGAAGGCUGGCAAAUGGGAGCGGAAGAAGUUCAUGGGGACGGAGCUGAGUGGAAAGACCCUGGGCAUCCUCGGCCUGGGCAGGAUUGGGCGAGAGGUGGCCACUCGGAUGCAGUCCUUCGGGAUGAAGACGAUAGGUUAUGACCCCAUCAUUUCUCCAGAGGUCUCGGCCUCCUUCGGUGUUCAGCAGCUGCCCUUAGAGGAGAUCUGGCCUCGCUGUGAUUUCAUCACGGUGCACACGCCUCUCCUGCCUUCCACGACAGGCCUGCUGAACGACGGCACCUUUGCCCAGUGCAAGAAGGGUGUGUGUGUGGUGAACUGCGCCCGCGGAGGGAUCGUGGACGAGGGUGCCCUGCUCCGGGCCCUGCAGUCUGGUCAGUGUGCUGGGGCCGCGCUGGACGUGUUUACGGAAGAGCCCCCACGGGACCGAGCCUUGGUGGACCAUGAGAACGUCAUCAGCUGCCCCCACCUGGGCGCCAGCACCAAGGAGGCCCAGAGCCGCUGCGGGGAGGAAAUUGCCGUCCAGUUUGUGGACAUGGUGAAGGGGAAAUCGCUCGCGGGGGUUGUGAAUGCCCAGGCCCUCACCAGUGCCUUCUCUCCACACACCAAGCCCUGGAUUGGUCUGGCAGAAGCCCUGGGAACACUGAUGCAAGCCUGGGCUGGCUCCCCCAAGGGGACCAUCCAGGUCAUCACACAGGGUGAGCUGGGGACACCGCAGCGGAGGGGGGGCUGGGGGACUCUGCCCUGCUGGGAGUGGCUGCUGCAGCCCCAGGGCCAGCGGGAGGCUUGGGGUGACGGGGGCCGUUCGGGCUGGCCGCCCCCUGCUCUCUCCCUCAUGCCCUGUCCCAACCGGGAGUCUCUUCUGUUUCCAGGCCUCCUGGCCGAGGCGGGUGUGCAGCUGCUGUCCUACCAGACCUCUGUGGUGUCAGACAGGGAGACCUGGCACGUCAUGGGCAUCUCCUCCUUGCUGCCCAGCCUGGAAGCAUGGAAGCAGCACGUGACGGAGGCCUUCCAGUUCCACUUCUAGCCUGGGGGCUCGCGCUCUCGGCCUCUGGGGCUUUUCUGGAGACACCCACCCACUGUGGUCACUGGAAGAUGUGCAUCCCCGGGCAACCUCAGAGAUGUUUGGAAGGAUUUCUGAGCGGAAGCAAGUGUGUGUAACGUCAUGGGGGCAUGGGAAUGCGGCCCUGACGCUGCUUGGGCUGCACCCGCUGACCCUGUAACACAGCAAUAAAUGAACGUCUCUUGAAGCCCCCA